GUGCAGUAUGGCGGACAAAGUGCCCGAAUUCGUGAAAUAGAGGGCCAGGCCUGCCAUUCUGCCCAGCGUGUCAUCGCGGUCUCCGGCGUUUUGAAAGAGGAGGUCUGUUCUCACUACCAAGUCCACGGGGCCAAGAUCGAAGUGAUCUACAAUGGGAUCCAUGCCGAUGCCAUCGCGAAGAUGGAGUGGGAGGACGAGUGGACCGGUAACACCAAAAAAGACAAGGGCUUCGACGUGAUGGACCCCAUGUUCCUCUUCGUUGGACGCCUGGCGGUGCAGAAGGGCCCAGACCUGCUGCUGGAGGCUAUUCCAAUGAUCCUUCAAGCACGGGGCAAUGCCAAGUUCGUCAUCGUUGGUGAUGGCCACAUGAAGGGUGCGCUGGAAUCCCGUGCGCAUCAGCUGGGAGUUGGCCACGCCGUGUCCUUCGCUGGCUCUGUGAAAAGUGGCACUGCGCAUUUGAAGGCCCUUUUCAAAUCCUGCGAUGCCGUGGUGGUACCCAGCCGCAACGAGCCCUUCGGGAUUGUCGUCCUGGAGGCCUGGGCUGCCGGAAAGCCGGUGAUUGCAACCACUUGCGGUGGCCCCCGAGACUUCGUCAGACCCGACCGGGAUGGUUACCUCGUCGAUCCCGACCCGGGGAGCAUCGCCUGGGGCGUCUGCAAGAUCUGUGAGAACUUCGAGCAUGCCAGGUGGAUGGGUGCCGUGGCGAAGGAGAAGGCUCUGAAUGAGUUCAAUUGGACCUUCAUUGCGCGAAAGACCGAGCAGAUCUACUACGAGCAGAUGGACAUCCACGAUGCCCCCAAGUUCACCGUCCCACGUGGGCCCGGGGUGGGCGCCCCCUUGGCCCAGCAAGUGCUGGGACAGCACAGAGGCGCGAUGGGUGUCCUGGACAAUAAUCACCUGGUGAUUCGCGGACUUCAGCUGUUGAAGAUGAGCAGGUUAGUGUCGUCGGUGUUGGGAUGCGAUGCCUCCAUGACAUGGAUGGGAUCCGAGUUCGGCGUUUUGGAUCCGAUCGAUUUCCCGCGUGCUGCGAAUGGGUACAAGAAGGACAAGUGUGCGGUGCCCUAUAAACUGGCUGAGACGACGGGCCUCAAGUACAAGCACUUGGACAUCUUCGACCUGUUCUUGAACAGAGUGGGCGCUGCGCUCCAGUGGUACAAGUCGCCGAAGUACACCAUUGUCGCCGCGGACGAGGAGAAGAAGAUUCUGGCAUGGGUCAGGAGUGGUUGCAUCUUUGCCAUCAACUUCCAUCCCCACGAUGAGCAGACCGACCUCAGAAUAGACCUGCCGAAGGGCACCGAUCUUGCAAGAGAGGUUGUCGUCGCAUUGGAUACGGAGGAUCCACGAUUCGGCGGCGAAAAGGAGGAGCCAUUGCUGAAGCCGACGACAAAGUUCAACACCGGCCUCUUCAAGAUCAAUCUGCCUCCGAGGACAGGGCUGGUCUUUGCACCAGUGGAAGCUGCUGAGAAAGCCCUGGGUUCCGACAAGUUGUUGAAAUGCGAAACGGCUGACGCUCUGCUUGGUGCUUAG